AUGGCACCAGUAACAGAAAUCGUCUAUCUGCCUCUGCCGGAGGGCAAAGACCCGGCAGAUCCAGCCAGUGGCCUCAAGCCCGUCCUUGACAAAUCGUUCCAGACCAUCUUGUCACAGCCAGGCGCGCAACGUCUUUUCUACGCGCAACAGAAGGAGAAUCCCACCAUAGCCACUCUUUUCAUCGACUGGGACUCUGUCGAAGACCAUAACAAAUUCAUGGCAGCUGACAUCUACAAACCAUUCAUGGAAGAAGUCCUCAGCCUUGCCGCUGGCCCACCGUCCCUUCACCAUGUGAAGUUUGAGCCGUUCCCGCCGUCCGAUGGGCUCAAGCUAGGCGGUGCCACCGAGGUUCUCAACAUCUAUUUCCCAGCAAACUACUCCGCCGAGGACAUCAAGACCUUCGACACGAACAUCAACAAAUUUGCAGAGAUCGUCAAUGACAGCUCGCCAGACGUCAAGGCCAUCGCACAUGGCUGGGGUGUCGAGGAAAUCGACAUCCCUGGCACCGAUGAAAAGGGCAUCAUAUACGUUGCGUUAAUUGCAUGGACGAGCAUCCAGGCCCACAUGGAGUAUCGUGAGACUCAAGUCUUCAAGGACAACAUUCCUCUGUUGAGAGGCGCAAAGGAUCUCAAAGGAAUCAAGGUCUUCCAUGUGUCGACUGAGGAGGUGCUCAAGAAAUGA